AAUAAUCGCUUUGUGCAAAUAAUACAAGAUGGUGAAUCAAUAUCUCAUGCAACAAAUGAACAUCCAGUAGCACUGCUUGCAGAACACACAAAAAAACUCUUGCAAAGAGAUAAUACUAUUUACAUGCCUAUCUUAUCUCAAAGGCAUUGAAAUGCUGCUGCUGUUUCUGCAUCCAUACUUCACAAGCUUUAUGGCAACAAAUUGAUUUUGAGAGCAAAACGAAUUAGGUUAGCAGCGGCACAUUCAACCUGAUUCGAACUGGAAUCAUUCAGAACCAGAUUUUAUGGGUAAACAGGGGCCAUGUUUCCAUUGUAGCGUCAAGCAAACCAUUCUUUGGAGAAAUGGGCCACCUGAAAAACCAGUGCUCUGCAAUGCAUGUGGAUCAAGAUGGCGGGUUAGGAGGACACUAGAUGGCUAUAUUCCCAGACAUGGAUACAUAGAAAAAGAGAGCUAUCAGCGACCUUCUGACAUGAAGCCGGCUCGUGACGAAAGAAAGCUAGAAGUUGGAGUAGAGGUUUCUGGACAGGAUGGCUCUUCAGCUUGUCUUGAAGAAGAAAUGAAUAACAUAUCAAGCCUAGGUUCAGCAGGGUCAUCCUCAGACAACUGCAUGCAGAUGGAAGAAACAAAUGCAUACAAAGAUCCUCUCUGGAAUCCUGACAGUGUCCCCAGAAGAAAGAGAUCAGAGCGUAGAAAACACAUUUUGUCACCUGUUGAAAGACUCCAGAGGCAACUUCAUAACAUUCUACAGGAGCCAGACUUUGAAAAUAUCUCUGCCGAUGAUGAAAAUAUUCUAAUUUAUGCAAGCAACAAAUACAUUCCUCCCAAUGAGAUUGGUCUUGGAGCUAUGCUGCUUGUAUCACCACCUACUGCU